GUUGGUUUUCUAAAACGUGUUCUAAAUCUGUGAUUCGACGAGGCAGAGUCUAGAGAGAAUGGUAAUCGAGUAGGGUCCUCUGACGAUUUGAAGGGCGGUUGGAGAUUACGAUCCGACUAGAACUGCUUCAGGUUUCAUGGAGGUGCAAGAAUGUUGUAAACUUUCCUGUAGAUAUAUUCGAGAGCUUUUGGUUUUUUCAUAAUCUGGUGGUGGAAAUAAGAACCACUAUAUUUGAGGAAUAGUUAUGUUGACACAAUCCUGGACUGCACCACACGUCGUUGGAAACUGCUUUUUUUGUUUUUGACGCAGUCCCGGAUUGCAUCAGUAGCCUGCUUUUUUUUUUUUUUUUAAUAUAUACAAUCAGUUUUAGCUCCCACUAUGGCAGAGAAUACAAAUAAUUUAUGUGAAAAACUGCAUUUCUUGACUAUUUCUCUCUACAUAAAAUGUCAACGCUUAGCUGUAUUCACGCGUCUUUUGCUCUUUUCCGAUGCUAUAUCUUCUUCCUAUCUGAAAAGCUUUGUGAUCAUCAUUUUCGUGUUGUUGUUAUUCAUGGCUUCUUCUUCAUCUCUGUCUCGCGGUUGGUUGUAUCACGUCUUCCUGAGCUUCCGUGGAGAAGAUGUGCGCAAAGGCUUCCUUAGUCAUGUUCGGAAAGAGCUCAAACGCAAGGGAAUCAUAGUUUUUGUUGAUGAAAAGAUCGAGCGAGGAGAAUCUGUCGGUCCAGUGCUUGUAGCAGCCAUCAGAGAAUCAAGGGUCGCCGUUGUGUUGCUCUCCCGUAACUACGCUAAUUCAAGCUGGUGUCUGGAUGAGCUGGUGGAAAUCAUGAAGUGCAGAAAAGAGCAUCAACAAACAGUGCUGACCAUUUUUUAUGAAGUGGAUCCAUCUGACGUUAGGAAGCAGACCGGAGAUUUCGGAAAGGCCUUUGAUGAAAGCUGUGUGGGAAAAACAGAAGAGGUGAAGCAGGCAUGGAGGCAGGCUUUGAAUAAUGUCGCUGGUAUUGCUGGUUACCACUCGAGCAACUGUGACAAUGAAGCUGAUUUGAUCGACAAAGUUGCAUCAAAUGUCACGGCUGUGUUGGGUUUCACAUCAUCAAAAGACUUUGAUGACAUUAUUGGCAUGGGAGGUCGUAUCGUGGAGAUAAAAUCGAAGUUGAGCCUACAACCAGAAGACGCUAGUAAGGUGAUUGUGCUUGUGGGUCCUCCCGGUAUCGGUAAGACGACCACUGCCAGAGCUUUAUACAGCCAACUCUCUCCUGGUUUUCCAUUCAGCACUUUUUUGGAGAAUAUCCGAGGAAGUUAUGAUAAGCCUUUUGGUGACAACUAUCGGUUGAAGUUGCAUUUGCAUCAAAAUUUGUUGUCUCAACUACUCCACCAAAGAGAUAUUGAGGUUCGUCACCUCGGAAUGGCUCAAGAAAUGCUGAGUGACAAAAAGGUGUUGGUUGUUCUUGAUGAGGUGGAUAGCUGGUGGCAACUCGAGGCAACAGCAAAGCAGCGUGGAUGGGUUGGUCCCGGAAGUAUUAUUAUCAUUACAACCGAAGAUAGAAAACUUCUCCAGACACUCGGACUCGGGAACAAUCAUAUCUACGAGAUGAAAUUUCCAACUACAAUUGAGUCUCUUGAGAUUUUCUGCCAAUACGCUUUCGGUGAAAAGUCUCCAGACAAAGGUUUUGAAAGGCUUGCUUGGGAAGUAACUGGACUUGCUGGUGAUCUUCCUCUAGGCCUGAGUGUCAUGGGAUCGUAUCUACGAGGAAUGUCUAUGGACUACUGGAUAAACGCACUGCCAAGGCUCAGGUCUAGCCUUGAAAGUGAAAUUGAAUCAACUCUAAGAUUCAGCUAUGACGUCUUGAGUGAUAAAGAUAAAAAUCUUUUCCUGCAUAUUGCAUGUUUCUUUUCUCGUUGCAAGGUUGAUACUGUUAAGAGGUGUCUUGAAAAAAGUGGUUUGGAAGUGAACCAUGGGCUUCAAGUCUUAGCAGAUAAAUCCCUUAUAUCUAUAGAAGAAGGAUGCAUAAAGAUGCAUAGUUUACUGGCAACAAUGGGUAGAGAAAUUGUUAAGAAAGAGUCUCCGGAGGAGGCUGGAAAUCGGAAGUUCUUGAUGGAUCCCAAGGAUAUAUCUGAUGUACUUGAAGAUAAUACUGGUACUGGGAAAGUUCUAGGCAUAGCGUUGUUUACGAACGAGAAAAUCCAAAUAAGUAAAAGCGCUUUCGAAGGGAUGAAUAAUCUCCAGUUUCUAGAUGUCAGCUCAUGGGGCUUAUGCAUACCCGACGGCCUCAACAGUCUUCCCGACAAACUCAGAUUUCUACAUUGGAACGGCUGUCCAUUGAGAUUGUGGCCUUCCAAGUUCUCUGGCAAGUUACUUGUCGAACUAAUCAUGCAACACAGCAGUUUUGAGAAGCUCUGGGAUGGAAUCAAACCCCUCCAAUGCCUGAAACUGUUGAAUUUGAGUUUCUCUAAGUAUCUUAAAGAGAUUCCAGAUCUCUCAAAAGCAACGAGCCUCGAGGAAUUGCAUCUCAGUGACUGCAAAAGUUUGUUAGAGCUCACAAGCUCUAUUGGCAAUGCCACUAAGCUCACAGUCUGCAAACUUAAUGGUUGCUCGCUUUUGAAGGAGCUCCCUUCUUCUAUCAGAUGGUUAGUCAAUCUCGAGGAAUUAGACAUCUCUGACUGCCAGAAUUUAAAAAAGUUCAGUGGUUGCUCGAGUUUGAUAAAACUAGAUAUGAGCUUUACUGAGAUAGAGGAAAUGCCAUCAUCAAUCAGCACUUGGUCUCGUCUAUAUCAAUUGAAUCUUGCAGGGUGUUCAAACAUCACAGAUUUCCCAAAUGUUCCUGACAGCAUUGUAGAGUUGAAUUUGUGCGGUACAGGGAUAGAGGAGGUUCCUCGAUGGAUUGGGAAGCUAUUUUGUCUGCGUAAACUAAUGAUGUAUCAAUGCAAGAUGCUGAAAACUAUAUCUCCAAACAUAUCUAAGUUGGAGAAUCUUGAGUUUCUUGCUCUGAGUAGCUGUGAUUUUGGUGAAAAUGAUGCCUUAUUUGAAGCAAAAAUCGAGUGGGGCUUUGACGCAAAAUGCCGCUGGAGUUUCCGAUCAGACCUCAAUGUUCACUACAUUUUGCCGAUAUGUAUACCCGAUAAAGCUCGUACAUCUCCAAUAUCAUUACGCCUCCGCAGUAGUUGUCACAAGACUAUUUCAGAUUGCAUCGGACAUCUCUCCGGACUAACUAAGCUCGACAUCACAGAAUGUAGCAAGCUCGUAUCACUUCCACAGCUUCCAGGUUCCCUUGUAUCUAUAAAUGGAGAAGGUUGUGAAUCCUUGAAAAGAAUAGGCUCUUCUUUUCAAAAUCCAAAUGUUUGCCUAAACUUUGCUAACUGUUUCAACCUGAAUCAGAAAGCUAGAAAGCUCCUCCAGACAUCAGCCUGCAAAUAUGUGAUCUUACCAGGUGAAGAAGUGCCUGCACACUUCACUCACCGAGCUAGUUCUGGUUUCCUAACGAUCAAUUUGACUCCAAGACCUCUUCCUUCACCCUUCAGAUUCAAAGCUUGCAUCCUGCUGUCAGACAAUACUAAUCUCGAGGAUCAUAAUGAUGAUGAUCUCUCUGUCAGCUGUAGAUCAAUCCUGUUGGGUGUGUCUUGUCGGCUCAGCUGUAAACAUAAUGGUCUCUCUGUCCGCUAUAGAUCAAUCCAGCUCCAUCAUAUGCCAGAUCUCUACGGAGAUGAAGAGCAUCUGUAUAUAUUUGAGGAUUCUUUCUCUCAAAACCAGGAUUAUCCUGAAGCCGAAGAAACCACUUUGAGCGAGCUUACUUUUGUGUUCAGAGUCCAUGAUAAAACCUGGAAGAUCAAAGGCUGUGGUGUACGACUUUUGGAGGAGGUCCCUCAAUGUAUUCUUGACAGAAAUGAAGAUGAUGAUGAUGAUAAUGAUGGUGACGAUGAUGAAACUGAUGAUGACGAUGGCGAAGACUGUCUCAACCUGAAUCAAAAAGCAAAAAAGCUGAUACCGACAUUCAAUUGCGAAUAUACGCUCGUUCCAGGUAAAGAAGUGCCUGCAGACUUCACUCACCAAGCUACUUCAGAUUCAUUAACGAUCAAUGUGACUCCAAGGUCUCUUCCUUCACUCAUCAGAUUCAAAGCUUGCAUAUUGCUGUCAAGAGACUAUUAUGAAGAUAAUGAAGAGGGUGCGCCUCGGCGCUCCAGGGAUCUCUUUGAUCUCAGAGAUGAAGAGGAGGAUAAUAGUCUAUUUAUUCACUUGCAUUAUAAGGGGGUACAGAAUGGCCUCACUGUCUCAAUGGGAUCAAACCAUCAUGAUAUGCCUUAUCUACACGGAUUGGAAGACCGUCUGUAUAAAUAUGAAGAUUAUUUCUGGCUAGACCAUGAUUUCCCUGGAUCCGAAGACACCACUAUCAGCAAUCUUGUGUUUCAGUUCGAAGUCUCUUAUGAAAAAUGGAAUGUGAAAGGCUGCGGUGUACAACUUUUGAGGGAGGAAGAAAGUGCAGAUGACGAUGAUGGUGGUGCUGACAAUGAUGACUUUGAGUAUGAUACAGAGGAUGAAGAUGAUGAAUUUGGUGAUGGUGACAAUGAUGACUUUGAGGAUGACAUAGAGGAUGAAGAGAAUGAAGAUGAUGAAGUUGGUGAUGAUGAUAAUGAAGAAGAUAAUGUAGAUAACAUUCAAAAAGGAGAAGAAGCUGGACGUGAAGAGGAUGCAGAGACGAGGAGCAGGAAACGAAUGAGGUUUAGCCUUUGGUAGGUAUUAGAUUUGAGAUCUUUCGAGUUCAAUCAAAAAUACAAAACCACUGUACAACAACGCAAGGCUAUAACAAAACUGUAGAGUCAACUAGAGCUCAACCGUCAUAGGAAACAACUCUUUUUUGUUUCACAUUCCGGAUGAGCCAACUCGUAAGUGGGUAGUUCAAAGAGGAAUAUGGCAUGUUGAUGAUUGUUUAAUGUUUGUAUCUACAUGGGAUCCUAAGGGAAUUAUUACCGUCCCCAAGAUAUCUACAAUCCCGGUCUGGCUUACUUUGAAAGGUAUUCCCCACCAGCUUUAUUCAAAGAAAGGUAUAAGCUGGAUAGCUUCAGGUAUAGGGGCACCGAUGCUCACUAGCAAGCCUUGGUUGGACCCUAUUCUGAUGGGUGAGGUAAAAAUAAUGGUUGAGGUAAGCUGGACAGGCCAUUUCCUCAAAGUGUUGCACUUGAAGAUGAAAGUGGAUCAAUAUCAAUGGUUUCUGUUAUCUACUCAUGGCUACCUUCGGUGUGCCCUAAGUGUGGACAGCUUGGUCACAAAGCAACUAGAUGCCUUGGUCUUCCUCCGAUCCCAAGCAGUAAGGUUUCUUAAUUCUCUGCAGUAAAAGUAAUCUCGGGUACACAUGAUGAGCUGUUGUCUACUAUCAGUACUGACUUUGUACCUGAAAAAACUAAUGCUACUUUUCAGUCUCCCAAAGCUAUUGAAACAGUCCCUUUAGGAUCCAAGGAAAGUCCUGAAAUUACAUCCUUUGAUUCUCAAGGGUGCAUUCUUCUUGAUCAUGAAAAUAAUGAUCUAACUACAAAUGACAAUUCUGAAGUUGGAGAGCGAAGAAGUGAACUCACCACUGUCUCCUCUGUCUCAGUUGUGGCUGUGAACACUCCAAAAAACUCCUCCACUGAAGAUGUUCCUGUGGCUGGUGCGUCAAUGGAGACUGCUCUUGUUACUGCUCUUGACACUGAUGUCUCUGAUGGAAAAAAUAUCCCAACAUCUACUGUAAUGGCUGCCUCUUCUAGUGAAGAAAUCUCUGAACAGGUUGGUGUCUCAAAACCUGUUGAGUUCUCAAUGCAUUCUCCGCCACAAAUUUCAGAUGCUCCUCUAGAGCAAGUUGAUAAUGUGGUUGACAAUACUUUCACCUCUCCGACUUCUGUACCUUUUGUUCAUCACAACUUAUUUGGUGUACUGGAUAAUGACGAAGCCAGUGAACCACAAGCUGUUUCACCAGCUAUGGAACUUGUCUUCAUGAACUCUCCAUUACCGUCCUCAGCUUCUGCCCCUCACGAUACUGCCCCUGGACUAUCUCGAGACUUAGUAGAAGACUCGACACAAAGGUCACGUGGUGGUAGGCCAUUAAAGCCUUCUCAAAGACUGAAAGACAUGGAAUGAUUCACAGUCCCAGUCAAAGGAAGAAGGGGUAGAGGUAAAGCUCCUUAACACUAGCUUCACAGCAAUAUAUGUUGUUAAGUGUCGAAAUUGCUGGGUUGCUUCCUUGUUUCUCAAGACUUAAAGUCUUAUGUUUGAAUGGUUUUAUUUUGAAAAGGUCCUAUGACCUUAUAUCUGUAA